UGUCAACAGGCACAUGCGGGAGAGAAACAUUAUAGUUGCUCAAACUGUGACGAGAGUUUCUCAGAGGAGUCAGACCUUAUUAAACACCAAAGCAUUCAUUCAAAAGAGACGCCAUUGAUCUGUUCAGAGAGCAGAAUGACAUCUUCUGAUGGAAGACAGGAAAAUCUACAUUUUCCUGGGAACAUUCUAACAAAGGCGUGUAAAUGCUUUUGGUGUGGAAGGUACUUUAAAUAUAGAUCACAGUUCCUUGUGCACCAAAGGAUACAUACAGGGGAGGAACCUUUUGAGUGCUCUGAGUGUGGAAAGAGAUUCAAUCACAGUAAAAAUCUUGCACGGCAUCGAGCAACUCACACAGGGGAGAAACCUUUUGAAUGCUUGGAGUGUGGAAAGAGACUCAGUCGGCGCAGCCAUCUUCAUAAGCAUUUAAGAACACACACAGGGGAGAAAACUUUUGAGUGCUCAGAGGAAUGUGGAAGGCAAUUUUCUUAUGGUAGCGAUUUGCAACAGCAUCUAAGAACCCACACAGGGGAGAAACCUUUUGACUGCUCUGAGUGUGGAAAGAGAUUCAGUCGGAGUAACCAUCUUCAACUGCAUCAAAGAAUCCACACAGGGGAGAAACCCUUUGAAUGCUUAGUGUGUAGAAAGCGAUUUUCUUAUAGUAGCAAUUUUCAACGGCAUCUGAAAACCCACACAAAAUACAAGCCGUUUGAAUGCUCAGAGUGUGGAAGGAAAUUCAGUCAGCUUGGUAGUCUUCAGCAACAUCAGGGAACUCACACAGAGGAGAACCUCUUUGAAUGCUCAGAGUGUGGUAAGAAAUACAGUCAAAUAUAUGUCCUUCAAAAGCAUCUAAGAACCCACACUGGUGAGAAACCAUUUGAAUGCUCAGAAUGUGGAAAGCAGUUUUCUUACAGUAGCGAUUUGCAACAGCAUCUAAGAACCCACACAGGGGAAAAACCUUUUGAAUGCUCUGAAUGCAGAAAGAGAUUCCGUCAGAGUGGCGAUCUCCUGCUACAUCAAAGAACCCACACAGGGGAAAAACCUUUUGAAUGCUCAGAAUGUGGAAAGAGGUUCAGUCGGAGUGGUAAUCUUCAUCAACAUCAAAGAACCCACACUGGUGAGAAACCAUUUGAGUGCUCAGAGUGUGGAAAGAGAUUCAGUCAGAGUGGCAAUCUUCUACUGCAUCAAAGAAACCACACAGGGGAAAAACCUUUUGAAUGCUCAGAAUGUGGAAAGAGAUUCAGUCGGAGUAGCCAUCUUCACAAGCAUUUAAGAACUCACACAGGGGAGAAACCUUUCGAGUGCUCAGAAUGUGGAAAGAGAUUUAGUCAGAGCGCCCAUCUUCAAAGGCAUUCAAGAACUCACACAGGAGAGAAACCUUUUGAGUGCUCAGAAUGUGAGAAGAGAUUCAGUCAGAGAAGCCAUCUGCUACUGCAUCAAAGAAUCCACACAGGGGAGAAACUUUUUGAAUCCUGAGAGUGUGGAAAGCAAUUUUGUGACAAUAGCAAUUUUCAACGGCAUC